AUGGCGUCCGCUAGCAGUACCGACUCAGACUCGGUAAGCGAGCUCGACAAGGAGAUCGAGAAGGUGACUUCGCUCGCUCAACUCACCGAGAAGUGGGACGAUACUAUUCGCUUCUAUCUCAACGGCACGAAAGUCGCCGUGGACACUGUCAACCCGGAAGUGACACUGUUAGAAUACUUGAGAGGUGUUGGGUUGACGGGAACCAAGCUUGGGUGUGCUGAAGGAGGCUGUGGCGCUUGCACAGUGGUGGUUUCACACCUCAAUCAAACCACGAAGAAAGUCUACCAUGCCUCCGUCAACGCUUGCAUUGCCCCCCUCGCUUCGAUCGAUGGGAAACAUGUCAUCACAGUGGAAGGAAUUGGCGAUGUGAAGAAACCGCACGCGGUCCAGCAGCGGAUCGCGGUGGGCAACGGCAGUCAAUGUGGAUUCUGCACGCCUGGAAUUGUUAUGAGUCUAUAUGCAUUAUUACGCAACGAAUCGACUCCUUCGGAACACGCGAUAGAGGAGGCGUUCGAUGGCAACCUGUGUCGCUGUACGGGAUACCGACCCAUUCUCGAUGCCGCCCAGAGCUUUAACUCCCGCAAUAACUGUGGCAUGUCUAAAGCCAAGGGUGGAUCUGGCUGCUGCAUGGAAAAGAACGGUGGUGGUGGCUGUUGCAAGGAGUCCUCUCCAACCACCGAGGAGAAUGAGGCUGUAGAGCCCAAAUUUCCAGCGCCUGAAUUCAAGAAGUACAGCCCCGACACAGAGCUAAUUUUCCCCGCCGCCCUAAGAAAACAUGAAUUCCAGCCUCUGGUUUUUGGCAACAAGAGGAAGAAGUGGUACCGGCCUGUGACUGUGGAACAACUGCUGCAGAUCAAGCAUAUCCACCCCGAGGCGAAGCUAAUCGGCGGAAGCACGGAGACUCAAAUCGAGAUCAAAUUUAAGGCAAUGCGCUAUUCCGCCUCCGUCUACGUGGGCGAUAUCCCUGAGCUGCGGCAAUUCAGUUUCCAUGAUGACUACCUGGAGAUUGGCGCCAACGUAUCAUUGACAGAUUUGGAGCAUAUCUGCGACCAAGCAGUAGAGCGCUAUGGACCAACUCGCAGCCAGCCCUUCAAGGCAAUCAAGAAACAGCUUCUUUACUUUGCUGGACGACAGAUCCGAAAUGUCGCGUCGCCUGCUGGUAACCUAGCUACCGCCUCUCCAAUUUCCGACCUGAACCCGGUCUUUGUGGCGACAAACACCAUCCUCAUCGCCAAGUCUCUGGAAGGAGAUAAGGAGAUCCCCAUGACCGAAUUCUUCCAGGGAUACCGCAAAACAGCAUUGGCCCCAGAUGCAAUCAUUGCCAGCCUCCGGAUCCCCGUUGCACAGGAGAAGGGCGAGCAUAUGCGCGCUUAUAAGCAGGCUAAGCGGAAGGAUGAUGAUAUUGCCAUUGUCAACGCUGCGCUUCGCGUGUCGCUGUCCGACACCAACGACGUUACCAGCUGCAACCUCGUAUUUGGUGGUAUGGCGCCUAUGACCGUUUCUGCGAAGAACGCCCAGGACUUUCUGAUCGGCAAAAAGUUCACCAACCCCGACACGCUGGAGGGAGUGAUGGCUGCAUUGGAGAAGGACUUCAGCCUGCCGUUUGGUGUUCCCGGUGGCAUGGCAACUUAUCGAAAGUCUUUGGCAAUGGGCUUCUUCUACCGAUUUUAUCACGAUGCUCUCUCAGGAAUCGAGGUCAAGGCAGCAGACCUAGAUCCAGAUGUUGUCGAUGAGAUUGAACGAUCCAUCUCAUCCGGAGCGAAGGACCACGAGGCCUCUGUUGCUUAUCAGCAGAAGAUUCUGGGCAAGGCUACCCCACAUGUUGCCGCCCUCAAACAAGCCACUGGCCAGGCUCAGUAUACUGAUGAUAUUCCCGUGCAACAGAAUGAGCUGUUUGCUUGCAUGGUUCUUUCAACCAAGGCGCAUGCUAAGAUUCUGAGUGUUGAUGCCUCGGCAGCACUGGAAAUACCUGGAGUUGUUGAUUACGUGGACCACAAAGAUCUACCUAACCCGGAGGCCAACCGGUGGGGAGCACCCGUCUCCGAUGAGCUUUUUUUCGCCGUGGACGAGGUGAACACCGCUGGCCAGCCCAUUGGCGUCAUUGUAGCGCAAAGUGCCAAGAUUGCCGAGGAAGGCAUGAGAGCUGUCAAGGUUGAAUAUGAGGACCUACCUGUCAUUUUGAGCAUGGAAGAGGCCAUUGAGGCAGAGUCCUAUUUCGGUCACUAUCGCUUCAUCAAGAAUGGCGACGUUGAUGCGGGCUUCAAGCAGGCUGACCACAUCUUCACCGGUGUUUCUCGCAUGGGUGGCCAAGAACACUUUUACCUGGAGACUCAAGCCUGUGUUGCCAUUCCUAAGCCUGAAGACGGGGAGAUGGAGAUCUGGAGUGGCACGCAAAACCCGACCGAAACCCAAACCUACAUUGCGCAAGUAUGUGGGGUUGCCGCGAACAAGGUUGUCUCUCGUGUCAAGAGACUUGGUGGUGGCUUCGGUGGCAAGGAAACGCGCUCAAUCCAGCUGGCUGGAAUCUGCGCGACUGCUGCGAAGAAGCUCAACCGACCAGUUCGAUGCAUGCUCAAUCGCGACGAGGAUAUCCUGACAUCUGGUCAGCGCCACCCGUUUAUGUGCCGGUGGAAAGUUGGCGUUACCAAGGAAGGGAAAAUCCUUGCUCUCGAUGCCGAUGUCUUUGCCAACGGUGGCCAUACCCAAGACUUGUCUGGCGCAGUGGUCGAGCGAAGCUUGUCUCACAUUGAUGGUGUCUAUAAGAUCCCUAAUAUCCAUGUGCGUGGCCGGAUUUGCAAGACAAACACUGUAUCCAACACUGCAUUCCGCGGCUUUGGUGGACCGCAGGGUCUGUUCUUCGCCGAGUGCUAUAUCUCCGAGGUUGCGGAUCAUCUCAACAUCUCGCCUGAACAUAUGCGGGCCAUUAACAUGUACAAGCCUGGCGAAACCACACAUUUCAACCAGGAACUCAAGGAUUGGUAUGUGCCGCUGAUGUACAAUCAGGUCAUGGAGGAGAGCAAUUAUGCGGAACGCCGCAAGGCUGUUGAGCUGUAUAACAAGGAGCAUAAAUGGUCCAAGCGCGGUUUGGCUAUCGUGCCAACAAAGUUCGGUAUCUCUUUCACGGCUCUGUUCCUGAAUCAGGCCGGUGCAUUAGUGCACAUCUAUCACGAUGGUAGUGUCCUCGUCGCGCACGGCGGUGUUGAAAUGGGCCAAGGUCUCCAUACAAAGAUGAUCAUGAUCGCCGCCGAGGCUCUUCAGGUGCCGCAAGAGAACGUUUUCAUUGCCGAGACCGCCACCAACACCGUGGCAAAUACUUCCUCGACGGCAGCGUCGGCCAGUUCUGAUCUGAAUGGCUACGCCAUUUUCAAUGCCUGCGAGCAGCUCAACGAGCGACUCCGUCCAUUCCGUGAGAAGAUGCCCAACGCGACUAUGAAGGAGCUUGCGCACACGGCGUACUUCGCUCGUGUCAACCUAUCGGCGCAGGGUUACUACCGCACUCCCGAUAUCGGCUACGUGUGGGGUGAGAAUUCGGGUCAAAUGUUCUUCUACUUCACGCAGGGUGUCACCGCUUCUGAGGUCCAGAUCGACACCUUGACGGGUGACUGGACUCCUCUUCGCACUGAUAUCAAGAUGGACGUUGGCCGUACAAUCAACCCUUCCAUUGACUAUGGUCAGAUCGAAGGUGCCUACGUCCAGGGCCAGGGCCUCUUCACCACUGAAGAGAGUCUGUGGCACCGCGCCUCGGGCCAGAUCUUCACCCGUGGGCCUGGUAACUACAAGAUUCCCGGCUUCCGCGAUAUCCCUCAGGUCUUCAAUGUUAGUCUGCUCAAGGACGUCGAGUGGGAGAAUUUGCGAACUAUCCAGCGUUCCCGCGGUGUCGGUGAGCCGCCCCUGUUCAUGGGUAGCGCUGUGUUUUUCGCUAUCCGUGAUGCACUGAAGGCUGCACGGAAACAGUGGGGUGUUGAGGAGGUGCUGAGCUUGGUCAGCCCUGCUACACCUGAGCGUAUCCGCAUCAGCUGCGCUGAUCCGAUCGUUGAGCGGGCGCGGGUUCAUCCCAAGGAAGGCGAGAAGAGCUUCUUUGUUGCUAUUUAG